GGGCGGGUGAGGAAGGUGAGCUCUCGCGAGAACUUUGCCUUGGGCCCGUAGGCAGCUCCCGAGGUGUCCGGUUCCUCCUAGGCCUCUCGGCUGUCCGCGGAGAUCUGCCAGACGGAACAAUGAGCAGAAUGAACACCCUCCAGGACCAGAGUGUCUGCUCCAAUAACAAAGAACCCCUUUUGAGGUGUAGUGAUGCGCGGAGGGACUUGGAGCUUGCUAUUGGUGGAGUUCUCCGUGCUGAACAGCAACUUAAAGAAAACUUGCGAGAGGUGAAGGCCCAGAUUCACAGUUGUAUCAGUCGCCACCUGGAAUGCCUUCGUAGCCGCGAAGUGUGGCUGUGUGAGCAAGUGGAUCUCAUUUCUCAGCUUAAAGAGGAGACACUGCAGCAGCAGGCGCAGCAGCUCCACUGGUUAUUGGGCCAGUUCAAUUGUCUUAUUCACCAGUUGGAAUGCACCCAAAAUAAAGACCUAGCCAAUCAAGUCUCUGUGUGCCUGGAGAGACUAGGCAGUUUGAUCCUGAAGCCUGAAGAUUCUUCCGUCCUUCUCUUUGAAGCAGACACAACUUCUCUGCGCCAGACCAUCACCACUUUUGGGUCUCUUAAAACCAUUCAAAUUCCCGAGCACCUGAUGGCUCAUGCCAGUUCAUCAAAUUUUGAGACCUUCAUAGAGAAAAGAGGUUAUAUCUCAGUGCCAGAGCAGAAGCUGGUAUCCAGUAGCACUGGUCUUGCUCUCAGUGAAUGGCUUCUUGGAAGCAAACCUGCCAGUGGCCAGCAGGACCCUUAUAUACCCAGCACGAACCCUCAGGACUGGCUCACCCAACAUUUGACCGUUGAGAACAGUCAGACUUCUGCCAGAGCCUGCAGUUUCUUCAGUAAUAUUUGGGGUAACUUGAAGGGCUUAGAAAACUGGCUCCUUAAGAGUCAGCAACAAGAAGUUCCUGGAAAGCCAAAUUCCCAGAAGUGUAACAGCCAUUCCAUCACUGAAGUUGAAAAGACUGAAGAUCUACAGCUCCCUAAUGAAGAUGAGAUAGACCUGUCAGAUUGGCUGGUGACUCCUCAGGAACCCUGCAAGCUCGAGAAACCUGAGAAUGGCAGCCAUGAAACCAAUGAAAAGAUUAAGCUCCUGUUCCAGGUGUUCCAGGAGCCCUACAGUGUGAGUGAUUGGCUUGUCAAGCCUGAGCCUGACUCCUGUACCAACUGUCAGGGUAACCAACCCAAAGGUGUGGAGAUUGAAAACCUGGGCAAUCUGAAGUGCCUGAAUGACCACUUGGAGACUAAGAAGGCACUGUUCACCUUGAGCAGUACUGAGAACUGGCUUGUCCAGAGCCAUCAGGAUGUAUAUAAAGUGGAGGAAGUAUGCAAAGCCAAUGAGCCCUGUACAAGCUUUGCAGAGUGUGUGUGUGAUGAGAAUUGUGAGAAGGAAGCUCUGUGUAGAUGGCUUCUAAAGAAAGAAGGGAAGGAUAAAAAUGGAAUGCCUGUGGAAACCAGACCUGAGCCUGGCAAUCACCAAGAAUCCCUGAAUGUGUGGCUCUGUCCUUCCAGGAAAGAAAUAACUGAACAAGCUAAGGCACCCAGAGCUCUCGCUCCUGCUCGAGUUUCUGAUUCCUUCCAAGUCAUAUGGAAUAGUUCCUUAUCUAAGUGGCUCACCAGGCCUAGUGCUGAGGAUACAGCUGGCAAGCAGAAGCUUCAGAGCACUGUGACUGCUUCCUGGCGCCCCUUUAACACUGCUGAUUGGGUCUUGCCAGCCAAGAAGGUGGGAAAUCUUAGCCAGUUAUCUACAGGAGAGGACAAGUGGCUACUUCGAAAGAAGGCCCAGGAAGUAUUUCUUAACUCACCCUUACAAGAGGAACGUAACUUUCCCCCAGAUUGUUAUAGUCUUCCAGCAGUUUGUGAUCUCUUCACCUGUAUGCAGCUUAAAGUCGAUAAAGAAAAGUGGUUAUAUCGAACUCCUCUACAGAUGUGAAGGAAUGGAAUGUGAAAGCCAAACAGCUUUUCUGCAGAUUAUCACACAUCCAUGAGUUGAAUGACUGAGUUUGCCAAAUCAUUGUAUUUCUAGGUCUGAUCAAUGAGCUUAGGUCUUUUUCUGUCUGAUUUUAAUCUAGUAAAGUCACCUAAUUAUGAGUUGCUUUAUAAAAGAAAGGUUGAUGCUGAGGUGAGUCUUUCUUUUCCCUUAGUUCACCCCCCCCCCCAAAAAAAAAGUGUCUUGGUGGGCAGGUUUUCACCAGCUGCCACAGCUCUUCAGAUCGGGUGGUUACUAGAACAACAAAAUAUUGUAAUUUUAGAAGUGAAGUAUUUUAUAAUCAAGGUGUGCUAAUGUCUCCUAAAGCCAGUAAAUUUCUCAAACCUUUUGAUUGCCCUUUAGAUGCUUCUUUUGCUACAGGCUUUCUUCUAGUGGUCCAAAAACAAGUGAUUAUUCCGUUCAAUUAACUUAUAGAGUAUUUCACACAAGUAAUUAACCUUGUCAAUUUAGGUUUUUUUUUUUAAAAAUCAAACUGUGUUAUAGUAAUCUUGGCAAUUUUUGACACUAACUACCAGACAUUUUAGCCUACAUCUUAUUUCUGUCAUUUUUCUUCAUUAUUUGAAAUGCAGUUACUGCAGAUUUUGCCUUUUUUCCUUUCUCUGAAUGUUAUUAAAGUAUUCAUUGAGCUGUUUGAGGACUCUUAUUUCAGAACCAUUUUCAAGGUAGUCUUGGCCUCUGUAACAAUCUACAGACCUUCAGGCUUUAAAGAGCCCCAUCACUUAAGAGAAAAAGGUGAGACUUGGGAAAGGUAGUACUUGAAUCAUUCAUUACCCUAAGAUUACUGGUGCAUCUUGUGUCUUAAGCUUGACACCUGGUGCUUUUAACUGGGGAUGAAAUUGAUGUCCUAUCACUGCAAGAAAGUGUUCCUGAACCUCCCAAAUAGUACUGUGAGUAGGCUGUUUUAAACACUUGUGCCUUGGGGGUGCUUACUGAAAGUUUGUGAAAACUGUUGACAUUUUAUCAAUAUCCUUAAGUUUCUCUGUAGAAGUGGGAUUUAUGUUUAAAAGUUCUCUAGGAUAAUAAGAUCUUAGCUGCCUUUUGGGCUUUGAAACUACCAGACUUCUUGACUGCCUAUGUUGUUGGAAAUACUUCAGCGAAACAAUUGACUCUGCCAUACAGCUUCACUACAACUCUUGGAACCACAGUUAUAAAGACCUCUUAUUUUCAUCUGCCCCUCCAAUACCAUUGAGAAUUUUAAUAAUAAAUAACAAUAAAGGUGGGUUCAAGUCAACUUGAGUCUUUCCAGCAUGUUAGGUUGCAGAAAAAUUUUGUGGUUUCUCUUUUGAGGUGUAACACUGCAUUUUACAUUGUUAAAAUGUAAUUUACAUUAAUGCUGACAAGUAUGUGAAACAUUCUUUUGUAUUGAUGCAUUUUAUACCUCUCCAUUAAAAAAGCAUAACAGGCA